AUGGCCUCUCCCAGCGUGAUCACCUUCCAGCCCCAGACUUUGGCUGCCCCACGGGCGGGCGAGUGGCAGUCGGGGCUGCUGGACUGCUGCUCCGACUGCGGCGUGUGUGUUUGCGGAGCCUUCUGCUUCACCUGCCUGGGGUGCCAAGUGGCCCAGGACAUGGAUGAGUGCUGCCUGUGCGGCCCCAGCGUGGCCAUGAGGACGCUCUACCGCACCAGAUACAACAUCCCGGGCUCUAUUCUGGAUGACUGGACCGCCACCAUGUGCUGCCCCAUGUGCUCGCUCUGCCAGCUGAAGAGAGACAUCAACCGGAGGAGGGAGCUGGGCAUAUUCUGGUAA